CUUUCAUGCUCAUUACGGAAAUGGUCGUGUAAGCUCCUCAGGCAGCGAUGGAGAAGAAAUGGACAUUUUGUGCUGUCUGCUCCAUCAUCCAGAUACAGUUUGUCAGGGGAAUAUGGGAAGACAUAACCAGUGAAAGAGAAAACAUUUACGCUCUACCUGGCUCUGAUGUCAACCUGACAUGCCAGCUAGAGGAGAAAAGCUUUUUGGUGCAGAUGCAAUGGUCCAAAGUCACUAACAAGACGAACCUGAUUGCCGUUUAUCACCCACAACACGGCUUCCACUGUGCCAGUGGGAGUCCCUGCGAGUCCCUGGUGACUUUCCUACAAACUCCUCGGAAUGUGACAAAGUGGACUCUGCACUUGAGGAAUAUCUCUUCAUCGCUCAGCGGAAAAUACAAGUGUAGCUUCACUCUGUAUCCAGAUGGCAUUCGUACUAGAACCUACAACCUUCUCGUUCAGGCACCCGUUCCACAGGAUGAAUGGAGGAAAAACCGUACAAUAGAAAUAGAGAUAAAUCAGACUUUGGAAAUACCAUGCUUUCAAAAUAUCUCCUCAGAAAUUUUGUCUGAGUCCACCUUUGCAUGGCUGGUGGAGGAUAAUGACACUCUGGCAACUGUUAUCACCCGGGAUCAUCACAUCAGCAACUCCACAUCAUUUACAGACAGAGUCAAGCUAGGUGCAGACUAUAGACUUCACCUCUCUCUGGUCCAAAUCCAUGAUGAUGACCGGAAGUUUUCUUGCCACGUUGGAGUCAAGCCUGGCACAAUCCUGAAGAGCUCCACCACCGUGAAGGUCUUUGCUAAGCCAGAAAUCCCUAUGGUUAUGGAAAACAAAACUGUGGAUGUCUUGGGAAAGAGUAUAUUUACCUGCUCACUAAACAAGGUAUUUCCCAAAGCAAAUAUUUCAUGGAUUAUUGAUGGCCAGUUUCUUCAAGGUGACAAAGAAGAGUUACAUAUUACUAAUGAAGAGAGGAAAGACAAAAAUGGAUUUCUGGAACUGAAGUCUGUUUUAAAAAAGAGCCAUAGUAAUAAACCAGCCCAAUCAAACAACCUCACAAUUUGGUGUAUAGCUUUGUUUCCAGUCCCUGGAAAUAAAGUGUGGAAUACCUCAUCGGAAAAGAUCACUUUUUCCUUGGGCUCCGUAAAUAUCCCAACGGAUUCUCCAUUCAGUGUUACAGAAUCUACCCUGGGGACCCAACCUUCUCCCACCAACAGCGCACCUCUUACAAUAGGAUAUCCAGCUAUGUCUUCAAUGGUCCUCAUAGAUGUGAACACAUCAAAGCCACACAGCGUGCCUCAGACCAGCAGUUCCGGCGUGACUCACCAAGUCUCCAGUGACUCCUGGACCUCCAGGGACUCCUGGACCUCCACUGGGACAGAUGCCAAAAAAUAUGAUGCCUUCACCGGCACAAUGGGAGGCUUUUCAAAAAUCCUCACAACUGCUAAUAGACUGACUGCAAAUCAGACCCUCCAUGCCACUGACAUUGUAGUUAAUAAGCCCGAAGAUGGAAUGUCAUGGCCGGUCAUUGUAGCAGCUCUGCUCUCCUCCUGUGUGCUACUGUUUGGUCUUGGACUGAGAAAAUGGUGUCAGUAUCAAAGAGAAAUCAUGGAAAGACCCCCACCUUUCAAGCCACCGCCACCUCCCAUCAUGUAUACAUGCAUUCAAGAGCCCUUGGGAAGUGAUUUGCCUUGUCACGAGAUGGAGACACUGUAGUCCUUGGAGAUUUCGCCAUAGAGCAGAACUCUGCUGGAAUCCUAGUGGAAAGGUAGACAUUGUGCUCGGUAAUAUAACCACCCUCCAGCCAAGCCUGUGCUGCAGCUGAGAUUGAUAUCAGAAAUGAAUGACUUGUUCUCCAAGCAACGCUGUUUUUCAUGUGUAUAUGCCUGAAAUUUAAAUAAGAGUAAAAGGAUAUAGCAAUGCUU